GUCAUUUCAACAAAUUUCCCGGCACAGAACACUACUCUGAAAUCUGGAUAAGCAUUUUCUUCGUAGUUUGGAUACUCUAGAAAACUCUUCACCCCGGUUCCCAGCACCAAUGGAAGUUCUGGGACUUCCUUCCCUUAACACACUUUCCCCUCAUUUUCAUAAGCAAAGAAUAUCUCAACUUUCCUCCAAAACAACACUAUGCCAAAGGACUUGGGAACUAUCUUCAUCUUCCUCCUCUCUGCAACUCACAACAUCUUAUAGAACCCACCAUUUUAGGAGGGUUGUGAUUCGAAUGGAAGCUGAAAAUGAAGAUUACGAGUUGAAACAAGUGAAGGAUAUGGCUGCUGCCAGGAAGAGAUGGGAAGCUUUGGUACGAGAUGGAAAGGUUAAAAUUUUGACACCAAAAGAAGCUGGGUAUGCAAUUCAACUCUCUAACAAAACCUUACUCGAUGUUCGUCCUUCUACCGAACGCCAAAGGGCUUGGGUAAAAGGCUCCACUUGGAUUCCCAUAUUUGAAGUCGAUAACAGUGCAGAUCCUGGGACAGUUUCCAGGAAGGUGACAAGUUUUGUGAUGGGUGGCUGGUGGAGUGGUGUGCCUACAUUGUCUUAUGAUACCCAGUUCUUGUCAAAAGUCAUGGAGAAAUUCCCAAAAGAUACUGAUCUUAUAGUGGCAUGUCAAAAAGGAUUGAGAUCUCUUGCUGCUUGUGAAUUGCUGUACAAUGCUGGAUAUACAAACCUUUUCUGGGUUCAAGGGGGUCUGGAGGCUGCCGAAGACGAGGAUCUUGUCAUAGAAGGACCACAGCCACUUAAAUUUGCUGGAAUCGGUGGGAUGUCAGAAUUUCUUGGUUGGACCGAUCAACAAAGAGUUGUAGCUGCCAAAUCGGGUUGGGGUUACCGACUAUUAUUCUCUGCUCGUCUGGUUGGAGUCUUUCUGAUUGCUGAUGCCUUGUUUAUUGGUGCUCAGCGUUUAGGUAUCUAUAUCCAGGAUUUAAGAUCACAUUGAUGUUUACUAGAUGCAUCAUGUAUGCGAGUAUUUUCAUUUAAGGAAAACAUUGCGCGGUAGCAGAUGACAGGAAUCACAUUUUUCUGAGCUUGAUAAGUCAAUUUUGGUUGGUAGGAUUAUUGUCACUAAGUUAAAGAUGUUUGACUGUAAAUCAGUCAGUGUUAACUUUUCCUGCUUGCCCUGCCAAGAUUUCUACCAUGUGCUGUUGAAAUUAGUAUUUGAUUAAACUAGAUGUCUCUUGUAAUUAGUGAAGUAUUUCUUUAGCCUACAUAUUUUCUUCAGAGUUAGGUGUAGGUAAUCUAAACGUGCAUGUAUUGCAUUCCUCUUUUUUAUAUUUCAUUUUCUACUUAUUUGGAUUCA